GAAGCGGCGAACACGGUCGCGCGUCCCGAAUCGCUUAGUGUGUUUUUGACAUCGGUGCACGCAGUCGUGGACCUCGGAGUGCAUAGAUACUUUUAUUUAUAGUUUUAAUCGAAUAAAGUCGUGUGACGUUUGUGAAUACCUGUGCUAAACCGGGACACAAUAAAUAUGAGUAUUGCUGCUCUGCUCGAAGCCGCUGAAUUCAUCGAAAGGCGCGAUAGAGUUUUCUUUGUUGCAGAGGCGGAGCACGGGUACGCGUCGAGCCUGCCCGUCUAUGACGACACGCGCACCGGCGGCAGGCGGCCCAAGACGAAGAAAUCCCAAGGCAGCAGGACCACUCAUAACGAGUUGGAAAAGAACAGGAGGGCGCACCUUAGGAACUGCUUAGAGAAGUUAAAAGAAAUGGUGCCAUUAGGACCGGAGGCAUCAAGACACACCACCUUAGGAUUAUUAACAAAAGCAAAAAGGUUUAUAAAGAGUCUGGAAGAAAGAGAAAAGCGGCACAAUAGUCACAAAGAGCAGUUGGCGCGGGAACACCGCUACCUCAAGCGGCGGCUGACGCAGCUGUGCGCGGCUCCGCGGGACACGCGCAGCAUAUCCGAGAGCUCCAUGACGCAUGCGCACGCGACGCGCGCGGACUCCUUGUCCUCAUUGGAGUCGUCGUCGGGUGUCUCCACGGCGGAGCGAUCGCCAUCCUCAGUCUCUGAAAGUGGUGAGUUGACUUGCAGUUUUAGGCUAAUCAAUUAAACCGCUAAAUAAAUU